GCAGUUCCCAGCUACAAAGAGCGGGAGUGCCAAAUGCCUGCUUGCCAAGGUCUUAAAGUAAACACACACCUAGUAUGCAUUCGUUGAACAAGUGGAUGGAUGCUUUCAUCUAAUACAUUUACUUCGACAUGCACGCCGGUCCAGCUAUUCAGCAACAAUCUUGCUUCAAAUUACUCGCAUUUCCCCGAUCCUACUUCUUCAACGUUAGACCCACAAGCACAUACGUACCGCAAUAGUACAGCAAUCUGCCUGGAAGUGAUUUGGAGAAGUUCUUGAGAAGUGGGUUUGAGGAAAUCAUUUAUCUCGGAGCUGCCGAUCAUCUAUUGACGUUGUCCAGACACACCGAUCGCUCUCUAGCGAUCUUGCUAGCUUCGAGAACCGAAGUGAUGGCCGUUGCGCCUGCACCAGACGUCGAACCUUCAUUAGAAGUGACACAGUUCUCGGACGAAUCCAACGACUCCACUUUCCACUUUCAGAUUCUGCGGUUGACUAAUCAGUUGUAUGUUUGGAUUGGGUGCAAUUCCGCUCGUAUGGGAAAUUUAUAUGCAGCUCUCCCUACGAGAUGGGAUAAAACUGCAAGUGUAGCAGCUCUAGUCGGAGGUGGGGCGGACAGUACUGGAGCUAGUAUGGCUCGCCGACUCUCAAUGAGGACUGGUUGGAGCAUAGUAUUGGCUUCCAAUAUUCCGUCCAACGCCCCAGUGCUUGAGGCAUUUGCAGAGCAAAGAUUAUUUCAAGAACUCAGAUCGAUGGGCUACAUCAAGCCAGCCUCUAAACCUUUAAAUGGUCCUGCUGCGCCAUUGGCACCAAUUUAGAUGUUUCGCAAGUCGGAGACGUCUUCAAAAUUAAUACUUUCAGGACAAAACAUACUUUAGCUCAGAUUAUUCUCUUUGACGAUGAUCAGAUCGAUCGUGACAUUGCAAGUAAAGUGGAGCUUAACUCGUUAACUAAAUCAUGUGUGCUUCAAGAGUCUCUCAUCUACUGCACACAUCGUAUUCUUAGAGAUUUUUGUCGUUGCACCGUGCUAGCAGAAAGUAAGCAAAGUUGAGGGCUGUGCACAAGUCUUUCUCUAAGACGUAGAUGGUCCAGAAUGUAUGCAAUCUUUCCUGAAAUAACUUGGCAAGUUGCUAA